AUGAAGAUAAUUAUAUAUUUUUGCAUUUGGGCAGCAGCAUGGGCUAUUCCAGUUCCUCAAAUCAAGCCACUGGAGAGACAUGCUGUUGACAAAUCUACAAAUUUAAAUCUUCUGGAAAAAGCAAAAGUGCCAAUACAGGAUGAGUUAAAUGCCAAUGAUACCACUGAAAGUGGUGACCCCCAUGAAAAUGAAAGAGGAAGGCAACAAUAUACCAGAGAUGGUUACAAAGAAGAAAGAAAUGGCUCUGAGUGGGUGGAAAUAGGAGGGAAAAGUUCUUCUACAGAUUCCAUGUUAGUAAAUGAUGAGGGGAAUAGUGUGGACCAAAAUGGGGUCACAGGAAAACCAGAAACAUAUGGUUAUGAUGGGAUACAUGGAAAAGAAGGUAGCACCACAGCAAAUGGCAUCAGGGGACAAGUAAGCAUCAUUGGCAAUGCUGGAAUAGCAAAUGGAAGCAAUAUUAAUAGAAAUGCUGAUAAGAAUUUAAACAAUGGAGGAGUUGUUGGAGAUGCAAGUCUGAGUGAGAAUGUCACUGUUGUCCAAGAAGAAGACCAUCAAAUAGGUAGAAGCAAUAACAGUACAGGCCAUGAGGAUGAAAUAAAUAGGAAUGCCUGUAGAAAUGAGGGUGAUACAAGUGAAAUAACACAUCAGAGAGAAAGUGAGGGAAAUGGGAAUCAGGAGGCAGAAGUAACACCAGGAAGAAGUGGAGCUGGCAGUGGAAAAGAUGCUGGCCUGGAUAAUUCUGAUGGGAGUCCUAGUGGAAAUGGAGCAGAGGAGGAUGAAGAAAUAGGUUCUGGUGAUGAUGAAGGUGAAGAGACAGGGAAUGGAAAAGAGGGUACUGAUAACAGGAAGGGCCAAGAGGGUCAGCCUCAUGGAAAAGAUGACAAUGAUAACAGCUUAGGUCAAAAUUCAAUUAGUAGUGAAGAUGAUGACCCAGAAGAUAAAGAAGAUCCCCAUGACAUCGAUGGAGACAACACCUCCAAGAGUGAGGAGGAUUCUGAUGGUAUUUCUAAAGACAAAGUUAGCCCAAUAAUAGAGGACAUGCAAAAGCCCAAUUACGAGGAAAACAAUGCCGUGGAAAAGAAAAUCACUGAUGAUUCAGAGCUAGGUGCUACUGGGAAGAGUCAAGAUAAGGGAAUAGAAAUGGAAGGUCCCAGUAGUGGCAGCAGAAACAUUACCAAAGAAGCUGGGAAAGUCAGUGAAGAUAAAGAGAGUAAAAGACAACAAGGAAUGGUCAUGGGGAAAGGAAAUGUCAAGACACCAGGGGAGACUGACAACAUACAAGGGCUUAGUCAGAAAUCAGAACCUGGAAAUAAGGUUACACGCAGCAAAACAGGUAGUGAAAGUAAUAGUGAUGGGUAUGACAGUUACGAGUUUGAUGACAAAUCUAUGCAAGGAGAUGAUCCCAACAGUAGUGAUGACUCUAACAGCAAUGAUGAUGCUGAUUCUGAAGGUGACAAUGGCAGCAACAGUCAAGGAGACACUGGCUAUAACUCUGAUGAAUCAAAAGAUAAUGGCAAUGACAGUGACUCAAAUGGAGGAGCUGAUAAUGACAGUGACAGUACAUCAGAUGCUAAUGACAGUGACAGUAAUGGCAAUGGGAACAACAGGAGUGAUGCCAAUGGCAAAUCAGACAGCAGCAAAGAUAGAUCAGACAGUAGUGACAGCAGUGAUAGCAGCGACAGCAGUGACAGCAGUGACAGUAGCAACAGCAGUGAUAGCAGCGACAGCAGUGACAGUAGUGACAGCAGUGACAGUAGCGAUAGUAGUGACAGCAGCAAUAGCAGUGACAGCAGCGAUAGCAGUGACAGCAGCGAUAGUGAUAGCAGUGACAGUAGCGAUAGCAGCAAUAGCAGUGACAGCAGUGACAGUAGUGACAGCAGUGACAGCGGUGAUAGUGACAGUAAUCACAAGUAG